GCGCGCUUUUUACGCACAGAAGCACAGCACCUUUUUGUGAUCCAGGCUAGAAGCUAAAACAGCCCCAUCGUUGCUUCACAUACCGUAGGUCCACAAAAGACGCGUUAUCGCUGCGGUUACCUGGUCGAAAACAGCGGUCUACAUAUCCGAAGGGGAAGUGCCGUUGGCCUGCGACAGAGUAACGUUAGCGUUCAGCAACAAACUUUGCUAUGGGCAAAAAGUCUCGCGAAGAAGACUCUUCAUCCUCUGAUGAGGAAGAAUAUGUUGUGGAGAAGGUGCUGGACAGGAGGGUGGUGAAAGGCAGGGUUGAGUUCUUCCUGAAGUGGAAAGGAUACUCAGAAAAGCACAAUACGUGGGAACCAGAGAAGAAUCUGGACUGUCCUGAGCUUAUUUCAGAAUUCAUGAAGACCUACAAGAAAAGCAGUGGUGGAAGCUCCACACCCAGCAGUGGGGCCAGCAAAUCAAACACAAGCUCCCUGGGACGCUCCAAAGACUCAAGCAGCUCAAAGAAGAGAAGCUCCGAUGAUGAUGAGGAGGGUGGUAGUAAGCCCAAAAAGAAGAAGGAGGAUGACAUUCUAGUUGCACGUGGCUUUGAGAGAGGCCUUGAGCCAGAGAAGAUCAUUGGAGCAACUGAUUCAUGUGGAGACCUCAUGUUUCUUAUGAAGUGGUAGGUUUUGUUAUAUUCAUCUC